CCCGCCCUGCGCAGUGACCAGUGACAGAGGCUGUUGUUGUGUCCAUUAGCAGCAGCUAGCAACUCUGGAUCUCAGAAAAAGCACUUAUCUGUGCUUCUGGCUAAAGCAUCAAAAUGCCUCUGUUUGAAGGUUUAGGGAGCGGAGGGGAGAAGACUGCCGUUGUAAUAGAUUUAGGAGCAGCCUACACAAAAUGCGGGUUUGCUGGGGAGACUGGCCCUAGGUUCAUCAUCCCCAGCGAGAUUCAGAGACCAGGCCUUCAACAGCCCAUCAAAGUAGUGCAGUACAACAUCAACACAGAGGAACUUUACACCAUCCUGAAGGAGUUCAUUCACACAUUGUACUUCAGGCAUCUUCUGGUCAACCCCCGGGACAGGAGAGUGGUAAUCAUCGAAUCCAUUCUCUGCCCCUCACACUUCCGGGAAACCCUCACCAAAGUCUUUUUCAAGCAGUUUGAGGUGCCCUCAGUGCUCUUCGCUCCCAGCCACCUCAUGGCCAUCAUGACGCUGGGCAUCAACUCCGCCCUGGUCAUGGACUGCGGAUACGCGGAGACACUUGUGUUGCCCGUCUAUGAAGGGAUCCCCAUCUUGCCCACAUGGGAGGCUCUUCCUCUGGCAGGGAAGGCUAUUCAUAAGGAGCUGGAGGGUUUGGUGACUGAGCAGUGCACAGUAGACACAGACUCGAGCCCUGGCCAGAGCCUGCCCACCGUCAUCGGAUCCAUUCCAGAAGAGGUUGUUGAGGACAUCAAAGUGCGGACCUGCUUUGUGAGUGACCUGCAGAGGGGUCUGAAGAUUCAGGAGGCCAAGUUUAACCUGGACGGAACUGCUGAGCGCCCAGCCCCUCCCCCUGAUGUUGACUAUCCUCUGGAUGGGGAGAAGAUCCUGCACAUCAAAGGCUCCAUACGGGACUCUGUGAUGGAGAUGCUGUUUGAGCAGGACAAUGAGGAGAAGUCGGUGGCCACACUCAUCCUGGACUCUCUGGUGAAGUGUCCGAUAGACACGCGGAAGGCCCUGUCAGAGAACAUCGUGGUGAUCGGUGGUACGGCCAUGCUGCCAGGCUUCCUGCACCGUCUCUUGGCCGAAAUCCGCCUGCUGGUGGAGAAGCCAAAGUACCGGCAGGCCCUGGCUACCAAAAGCUUCAAAUUGCAUAGUCCACCGGCCAAACCCAACUGCACCGCCUGGCUCGGAGGUGCCAUCUUCGGCGCGUUGCAGGACAUUCUGGGUAGUCGUUCUGUGUCACGGGACUACUACAACCAGACGGGACGCAUCCCUGACUGGUGCUGCCUGAGCACGCCUCCGCCCGAGUCCGUCUACGACGCCAGCAAAGCCGCCCCACCCCUCAUGAAGAGAGCCUUCUCGACAGAGAAAUAAUGUCCCACCCCACAUAUCAUCCCAACACUUGUGUAUAUAGCCCUGUGUAUGUUCAUUACAGAUAAAACAUCAUUGCUUUACAAAUAUGAACAGAAGACAUGAGCAACUGUCUACCAGCUACUUAAAUCACACCAUGCUUCUAAUACAUGCAUACGCCUGUCAGGUUUGCUUGAGGUAGACGUAUUUAACUUAUAUCACUGUGGCUCUUAAUGUUCUCUUAUAGUGUUUUUGUUUCUUCAUCAUUUUAAGUAUUCUGUUUAAAUAAAUCCUCCCCUAAAGCUUGACUUAAGUGACACGACCCUCUGCACCUCUGUGAGUAGUUCCCAUGUGCUCCCACUAGGUGGCGACGAGCAGAGUGUGCAGGCCGAGUGAGAGGAGUGAGUGUGUAUCUGUCAGAUAGAGUCAGUGCUGCAGCUCCCACCGUACGGACCCACGUCUCUGUUUACAUUUCCCAGAGCUCACGUCUGAGAUACAGAUCUCAUUUGAUCCACUUUAUCUGGAGUUCUAGCCGGGAAAGUGGGGAAAAUUCAUGCCAGGACACAGAUCAGUGGAAGACACAUGGGACCUAUUUCCUACAGCAUAUGUAGGUCAGGUCUCUAAAUAAUGAUGCCUUUUAUUUUCUGUACAUUAUAUUCUGUACAUUACAUUACAAGUUCUCACACAUAUUUUGGCAGCACAGAAUAUAAUAUCCAUAAAGAGAUAUUGCAAGUCCCUGUUGGUUUGUAGAACAUCGUUAUGGCGUUCUGUUAUGCUUCUUAUUUAUUGUUUAGUGCUUUUCAUGAGAAAAAGAAUCUCCUAUAUUGAUCUGGAUUUGGACCCACAGUCCCGUGGCUUAAAUAAACAUUCCCAGAGAAAGUC